AUGGACCCAUUGACAAUUGGUAACGAGUCCCCGCCGGCACGGCAAUCGAUCCUGGGCAGUUUUCUUCGCCCACGCCCGCGCGGCACCUCACAAUCGCAUCCUUCACCACCACCACCACCGCUCCACGACCCUUCCAGAGACUCUCCUCCUCCAGUUCCUUCAGCAAACGACCCUGCAUCUGGACACCGACGUCGUGCAGCAGCACCCAACCUCCAGACUUCCCUAUCUCAGUCCCCAUCGACGCCUGGCUUUUCGCACAUGCUGCGACGCAGACGCUCAGCGGGCACGCUCGCUACCACCGCCACACCCCAAGUUCCCCUCGUCGCAGUCGCACGCACCGUGGUGGCCUCGUCAGCGCCAACGGCCUCUCACAGGAUCCGACUCGUUCCCCAUCUCGACAACCGGCGGUCGCUGCGGUUUGACCCCAUCUCUCGCGAUGUGAAGGAGGGCGAACCUCCUCUGCGGAUCGGUCGCUUCACGGACAGGUCAGGCCUAGGACCGGCGGCGGCGAACGCGCUCGGGUCGAACAAGCUCGCGUUCAAGAGCAAAGUCGUGUCCCGUGCGCACGCAGAGAUUUGGGCCGAGUUGGGGGGCCGAUUCUUUAUAAAAGAUACCAAGUCGAGCAGCGGCACGUUUCUCAAUCAUGUCCGGCUCUCGCCGGCGAAUACCGAGUCGCGACCGACGGAGCUGCGGGAUGGGGAUCUACUGCAGCUGGGAGUGGACUAUCAGGGCGGCACCGAGGACAUCUACAAGUGUGUGAAGAUCAAGAUUGAGGUCGGGCGUGAAUGGCAGACGCAUUCGAAUCCGUUCAACGCAAACGCACUGAAGCAGUUGAAGGCGAUCGCUUUACAGCCGCAGAUCGAUGCGGCAGACAGGAAAGUGGUCCACUACAAGUCGAGUCUGCCCGACUGCUGCAUCUGCCUGUUCGCAGUGACGAUCCAUCAGGCGCUGUUCAUCGCGCCGUGCUCACAUGCAUUCCAUUUCAAGUGCAUACGGCCACUGCUGGAGACGCACCACCCUGCGUUCUCGUGCCCUCUGUGUAGGACAUUCGCGAAUCUGGAUGAAGACGUCGAGGUCGAGGUAGAAGUGGACGGGGAAGGGGACGCAGACUCGAUGGUCGGGGUCACUCCACUUGUUUCCGCGGUCGAGCGCCCUGGCACUGGGGAUGGAAGCAGCAGAGAGCGUGAUCGCGAACGAGAGCGAGACGCGGGAGCGGAGACGGAGGUGGAGCCAGACACGGGGGCGCCGCGGCUGGGAUCCGCGCGAGGUCGACGACAUCCGGCGCUGCCCAUCAACACGUAUCUUGUUCCGCAAGACGUCGUAGACCUGACUGAGGACGCGGACGAGGAGAUGGCGGACGACGAAAUGGCGCUCCCACCUUUGCCGGAGGGCUCGCCCCUGCACAUGGAUGUGGUGCUGGAGGACCAGCAUGAUGGUUCGGCGUCUCCUGUCCCUGUCCCUGUACCCGGUCCAGCAAGCGGGUUGGUCCCAAUGGACGAGGAGGAGGAGGGGAGUGGUGGAAGUGCGCUCGAUGCAAGCGACGGCAGCGGGCGCUUAGAGUCCCACCCCAAGCGCAAGCGGUAG